GUAGUUUAAAUGACCAUUUUCGAGGUGGGGUUAUCGCAAAAUUUUUGAAGUGACAUAAUAAUAUUCCAAUAUUUGACAUUUUUAACAAAAAUAAGAACAAACAACGAGUGAUAAUGUGAACAAUUGUUUUGUGAUGAUGUGGCCACUCAUUUGAAAUUCAUUAAACCCUGUGUGUUUAUCAUUCAAAACCAAGCGGUCUUUUAAUGUUAUCAUUUCGAACGUAAUGUAUGCGAGGCCAACAUGUUCCGUAGCAGAAGUUGGUUUGGGGGAGGCUGGGGGCGCCCCAAGAAUCCCCAUUCGUUAGAGCAUCUAAAAUACUUGUAUAAUGUACUUUCCAAGAAUCAAACAGUGUCUGAACAUAAUAGGGGGCUACUAGUUGAGACCUUGAGGUCCAUUGCAGAAAUUUUGAUUUGGGGAGAUCAGAAUGACUCUUCAGUGUUCGACUUUUUCCUUGAGAAGAAUAUGCUGUCUUUCUUUCUCCGUAUCAUGAGACAAAGGAGUGGAGGUUCAAGUUUUGUAUGUGUUCAAUUACUACAAACACUUAAUAUUCUUUUUGAAAAUAUAAGGAAUGAGACAUCACUAUAUUAUUUAUUAUCAAACAAUCAUGUGAAUUCUAUAAUUGUUCAUAAGUUUGAUUUUUCUGAUGAAGAAGUAAUGGCUUAUUAUAUAUCCUUUCUCAAGACACUUAGCCUAAAAUUGAAUGCUCAUACUAUUCAUUUUUUCUAUAAUGAACAUACUAAUGAUUUCCCCCUUUAUACGGAAGCCAUUAAAUUUUUUAAUCAUCCUGAAUCUAUGGUGAGAAUUGCUGUACGAACACUUACAUUGAAUGUUUAUAAAGUUGAGGAUGCAAGUAUGCUUGCUUUUAUAAGGGACAGAACUGCUGCGCCAUAUUUUUCAAAUAUAGUCUGGUUUAUUGGAAAGCAUAUCCAAGAAUUGGAUAAUUGUGUUAGAAAUGAUGCUGAUCAUCAGUCACAAAAUAGAUUAGCAGACCUUGUUGCUGAACAUUUAGAUCAUCUACACUAUUUGAAUGAUAUUUUGUGCCUCAACAUUACAGAUUUGAAUCAGGUUUUAACUGAUCAUCUACUUCACAAAUUACUUAUUCCAUUGUACAUCUUUUCCCUUACUAAAAGACCAACACCUUUGAAUGAUAUUGCAACAGCCAACAUGAACCGGUUGCUGAAUAAAAAGACACUUGCAUCAGAUAGUACUUCAAGUCCCCAUCACGAAAGUUCAAUAAAUGGUGGCAAGGUUUCAUGUGUAGUUGCAUUGUUUCUGUUAUCUCAGGUAUUUUUGAUACUUUCACAUGCUCCACUUGUUCAAACUUUGGCAUGGAUUAUCUUUAAAACAGAUAGGAUCAGUUAUGAGCAAGGUGUUGACAAAUUGUUAGAAAAUUAUAAUAGUGAGCUCAAAAGAAACAAACAACAAGUUGAAGAAAGUACUGAAAGUGAACAAUCUACUAAAUCUAGUUCUAAAGAUGGUUCUAAUGAAAAUUUACUUGAUGUACCAAAAAAUAUCACAGAUGAAGAAAAAGAAAGACUUGCUUCUUCUUCCGAGAAUUCUACCGAGGUUGAAAAACCAUUUUUAGAGUCUAUCUUCACAUCACUAGAUUGCACUGAGAAUGAUUAUACAACUUUAUUUUCAUUGUGUUUAUUUUAUGCCAUUGCGAAUAAUAAAGGUAUUACAUCUGACAUUGUUGAGCAAAUAUUGAAGCCAAAAAAGACUUUAGUUGCCAAAACUUCAAAUAAAGAUAUCAAAUAUAGUUAUAAUGUGCAACUCGUUGACAAAAUUUUACAUGUUGUUAUGCUGGCUUGCCAACCAACAUGUAGAGUUAGGUUGGUUACGUUGGAGCUAGCACUUAAAUUCCUUUCACAAUUGGUAAUGUGUGAUGGUAAAAGUAUAUUGUUAGAGCCACAUAAACUCACAAUUGAGGCAGCAAAGAGCCAGAGUACUGCUUCUUUGAGGAACUUCUAUAAAAGUGAAGAGAUUUUCUUGGAUAUGUUUGAAAAUGAAUACUGUGAUAUGCAAAAAGGAUCUUUAAAUGUUGAAUGGCUAUGCAUGGAUAGUGCAAUAUUACUACCUCCAACGGGUACUCCCAUGACAGGUAUUGAUUUCACCAAAAGACUACCAUGUGGAGAAGUAAGUAGGAGUUCAAACCAAUUUUCAUUAAGCAAGGUUGAAAGAGCAAGAAGAGCCAUAAGAGUAUUUUUCUUGAUCAGGGAUAUGGUGUUAAUGUUAAAUGGAGAGGUAGAAUCCCAACUGCCUCUAACAAAUCCGCAGAGCUGUGUUCAAAUCGACCAAGCCUUGGACCUGAGUAUAUCUCGUUAUAAUUCCGAUUUGAUUGGAUGCACUGUAGUUUACAAAGAGGGAAACAAAAUGCGAAGAUUUCUAGUCAUCGACAUUCUCCAGCUCAUUCUGGUAGAACCAGAUACAAAAAGGUUAGGUUGGGGCGUGGCUAAACUUGUAGGUUUUCUUCAAGAUAUAGAAGUGUCAGGAGACAAGGACGACUCUAGGUGUUUACAUAUCACAAUACAUAGGCCGUUGUCUGGUACAUCAACGAAUAGAAUUCCAUUAUUGAGUGCCAAGUUUGUUUUCGAUGAUAACAUUCGUUGCAUGGCUGCAAAGCAAAGGUUAACUAAGGGUAGAAUCAAAGCUCGUCAGAAGAAAAUGCAACAUAUAGCACGGCUUCUUGAAAUACCAGGGCAGUCUGGUCCGCCAAGCCCAGCUUUCAUAGGAGCAAGUGGCGUAGGAUAUACCAGCAGACAAAUAGGAAGAAAUAGGGACCGACCUCUAUUCAAUAGAUGUCCCGGUUUUGCUGCACCAAAACGAGAAAAUUCACCUGGAGUAGUUCAUAAGGCUGAUACAGAAACAAGAAGAACCAGAUGUGCGGUUGAAAGUCCGAAGGCUCCAAGAAUUAGGAACGAGAGUCCGAAUGCUAAGAAGGAUAUCAGAUCAAGGGAUUCUUCAUCGUCAAGCAAGACUAGGUCGAGGGACAGUUCACCAAGGAUGCCAAGACCUAGAUCAGAAGAAAUACCGCUCGAAUUGAUCAAGAAAGCUCCGAAUUCUGUGAUUGAUAUGGCGCCAAAAAUUAGUAUAUUGCCGAGACCUCAAACUCCCAAAGUUGAAUGUGAUAGGGGUUCCAUAGAACCCAUCGGUGGUCUCAGAGACAAGGAUAGUGGGGUUAGUUCAAUUUCUGAAGUAUCAGAAGAAACUUCUUUUAUUGCCGAUGAGGGCGAUUUUCAGAAUGGAAAAGGAUUUGUUGAAACUGUGUAACAAAAAUCUUAUUUAUUAACUUUUGGUACUGCAGCUUGUUUUGUUAUGUAAUUUAGUUUAUUUUAUAAAAUAUAAUUUUAGAAAAAAAGUGUUAUUUCUGGCA